ACAUCUUAUGUAGGACAAGAUUAGCAUAUAUAUUGUUAACAUUUACGUAAUGAUAACCUAGGACUGAAUGCUUAUUGAUAAGCAUGGACAGACUGAGUUAACAUUUUUACCGCAUGAAAGCGAAAUAUUCACUUAGACAUUUUGUUUUUAAUGACUGACGUCAGAAAAGUUCAAAGUCUUAAGUAAAGAGAUACCGAGCGUGAAUGCGUAGUGUUUGCGUGAACCAGUUCUAGAGCCGGAAAUGUCUGAGAGACCAGAUGGAGGAUGGGGAUGGAUAAUUGCCAUAGCAAUGCUUUUCACUUGUUUAAUUGUAGACGGAGUGAAAUAUUCGUUUGGUAUAAUGUUUGUAGAACUAGUGGAAACGUUUCAGAAGAGUAAAAGCGAAACAUCGUGGAUUAUGUCUAUCCAAGUUGGAGCAUCGUUGCUAUCAGGUCCAAUCGUAGCUGCUUUGGUAAAUCGAUUUGGAUGUAGACCGAUAGCGUUGGUAGGGACUAUAACAUGUUUUACAGGAUUUUUGGCAAGUGCGUUUGUCCGGACCAUAUAUGUUAUGUAUGUAACAUUUGGAUUUUUGGCAGGGUUGGGUUUUGGAAUGAUGAUUAUACCAGGCAAAGUGUCGCUAGCACGUUAUUUUGAUAAAAGACUGGCUUUUGCCUCUGGGAUUGCAGCUAUGGGAUCUGGCUUUGGAACGCUUAUUUUUAACCCAAUCAGUAAAGUUUUGAUUGAUAAGUACACUUGGCGUGGAACACUUCAUGUUGAAGCCGGCAUUGUACUGAAUGGGUUAGUGUGUGCACUCGUAAUGAUACCACUAAAGAAGACGUCAAAAAAUAUGUAUGCAAAUAAAGAGGCAGUUGAAGAUGGCAAAGAAAUGCAAUCACUUCCAGGGGUUGAUACUUAUCGUGAUAAUCCAAAUCAGAGUUCUGUGGAUGCACAAGAAGUUGGUAACGUAGCCACUAAUACAGUUUCACAAACGUGUCAUAUGGCAGUAAAGUCCUGUAAAGACACAGAAGACCAGAUUAGAAAUAUUGCGAGUCCGGGUGAAAACACUCAUGCCGUAAAGUUAGAAUCCACAAACGACGGAGAUUUUGAUAUUACAGUUCCUUUAAUUACAACUACAAAUGAAAUUAUGAGCAACGUAAUGGUCAGUCGAUUAAGCAUUUCAGAUACAUCUAAUUAUGAAACCAGAUGUACAAAGGUAAAUGACCGGACCACAGUGUAUCCAACAAAUGACGGUCAAAUCUGUCAAAAUAAUACCGAUGAUUUUUUAAAUGGGAUGGACACUAUGAAGAUGUUCAAAGUUAGCAACACAGAAGUACCAGCUAUGGCAGUGAGCAAGGGAGAUAAUAAGUCUACUGAUGACACAAAUAAGACAAGAAACAAAGAAAGUGAAACUUCUGAACCAAAACGUCGGCGAUGGUUAAGUUUAGCACCUUUAAGAAACGCCGGGUUUCUUUGCUUCCUUCUAUCUGGAAUGCUUAUAGAGAUGUCAUUAAACACACCAUUUACUUUUCUGCCUGCUAUGAUGCUUCGUAAAGGAUUUAUGAAACAAGAUGCUGUCUGGAUGCUUUUCAUCACUGGUUUGGUUAGUACUAUAAGCCGCAUUGUUAUUGGUUUCAUUGCUGAUCUACAAUUUGUGAAUCGUGUAAAGUUGUGUAACUCUAUUGGAGUUCUCAACGGAGUUUUUGUCAUGUUGUGUCCUUUCUGUGCCAGUUACGCCUCAUUUGUUGCAUUUUCUGUUCUGUUUGGAUUUUCUUCAGGUAGCCUUAGUUCUCUGCGGCACGUUCUCAUACCAGAUUUAUUCGGCGUUGAAAUGAUUGCAGAUUUAUAUGGAAUCAACAUGUUCUUCAGCGCUUUUGCAGCUUUUGUUGGGUUACCAAAAGCAGGUGCUUUAUUUGACGCAACGAACAGUUAUAUGGUUCCGUUUGUUGUCGCUGGGGCUGAACUGACUGUCAGUGGAAUAUUGCAGUUUCUUGUACCAGUUGUUCAAAGGUGCAGCAAAGUGUCUCUUCAAACUGUUAUAUAAAUAAUUCAAAAUCUUAAGCUAUGCUUCGCAAUACAAUGUAACUGAUAUAUCCUAUACAGUAAAAUGCACGCGAGAGCAAAUAAAGAAUGCUGCUGUUUUGUCUAUGCUCAAAGAAAAUGUUUGUAUCAAUACUUCAUUAAGUAUUCUUAUUAGUAUUGUGCUCUUUUAUAUAACUUAUUACUUGAUCUGUUUAAAGAUAAGACAAUAUACUUUAAUGAGGAGGAAAAUACAUAAACAAAGCAAAUCGUUAUGCUCAAAUAUCACACUACCCGGUAUAUAUAAUAUACAUGUAGUAUAAUGAAAAAAAAUAAAGAAUGAAAAUAGA